CAACCCUGACCGCAGCCCCCUGUCAUUCACCUGUUGCAACCCUGACCGCAGCCCCCUGUCAUUCACCUGUUGCAACCCUGACCACAGCAACCCUGUGCAGAGCCGCCUGUCAUUCACCUGUUGCAACCGUGUGCAGAGCCGCCUGUCGCUCACAGCUCGCCUGGCCGCGGUUGCAUCGCAUGUAGCAAAGGCCGGCGCUAACCUGAUGCACCUCUGCCAGCGUUUCUUCCUCCAACAGACAAUAUUUGUUGAUUAUGCCCAUCAAAUUAAGGACUUUUUCGGUACUAUGAAAAGUAAUCGGGUUUUUUUCUGAUACCAUUUUCCUUUUGCAACGUUUAUCUUCGUCGUUUUGAGUAGAAAGUUGGAGAAUGAAGUUGUCCACCUGCAUUUUGAUCUACGAAUUAAUUUUCUUCUUCAAUGCAUUUUUCAUAAUGGGUGCUGUGUCAGCGAAAGGAAAAUAUGCGCAAAUGCUGUUCAAGAAUUUAUUUGAAGAUUAUACCGAUGCACUGAGGCCUGUGGAAGAUACAGAUCUUGCACUAAAUGUCACUCUGAUAAUCACCCUCUCACAAAUUAAAGAUAUGGAUGAAAGGAACCAAAUUCUGACUGCUUACCUGUGGAUUCGACAAAUUUGGUUUGAUGCUUUCCUGAAGUGGGAUCGAGACAAAUAUGAUGGACUUGAUGCUAUUCGAAUACCCAGUAGUUCUGUAUGGAGGCCUGAUAUUGUUCUGUAUAACAAAGCUGAUGAUGAAUCUUCUGACUCCAUGGAAACAAAUGUGGUCUUAAGAUACGAUGGGCAGAUUAUGUGGGAUUCACCAGCCAUUACCAAGAGCUCGUGUGUCGUUGAUGUGGCGUAUUUCCCAUUUGAUGAUCAGAGAUGCAACCUUACUUUUGGUUCAUGGACCUACAAUGGAAACCAGGUUGACAUCACAAAUGGACUUGAUAGUGGAGACCUGUCUGAUUUUGUGGAGAAUGUCGAAUGGGAAGUACAUGGAAUGCCAGCAACAAAAAAUGUGAUAACAUAUGGAUGUUGUUCAGAUCCAUACCCAGAUGUCACUUACACCUUAAUUCUCAAAAGGAGAUCUUCCUUUUACAUUUUUAACUUGUUGAUCCCAUGUGUAAUGAUCUCGUUCCUAGCCCCAUUAGGAUUUUAUCUACCUGCUGACUCUGGAGAGAAGGUGUCACUUGGUGUGACUGUACUGCUGGCAUUGACUGUGUUUCAGCUGAUGGUUGCAGAAAGCAUGCCUCCAUCUGAAAGUGUUCCACUAAUUGGUAAAUAUUACAUAGCAACAAUGACAAUGAUCACCGCCUCCACUGCACUGACGAUUUUCAUCAUGAACAUUCACCACUGUGGGCCAGAAGCCAAGCCAGUUCCAAAAUGGGCAAAGGUGAUCAUAUUGCAGUACAUGUCAAAGAUCUUUUUUGUGUACGACAUUGGUGAAACCUGCACCAUGCCGCGAAAAAAAGAGGAAAAGAACCGUAAACUGCAGACAGAUAAUUCCAAAGCAAAUGUAAAAUAUAGAAAAGAGAAAGAAUUAACAAUAAAGGAUCGGCAUUCUAAACAUCACCAAUGUGACAACACAGUGGUGAAAGAAGAUUCUACACUCUCUGUGAUACCAGUGCAUCAGUGUCCUGUGUGCAACCACAAAGAAACUAAUGGACAUUUUGAAGGGAGCAUAGGCAAUAGUUGUGCAAGUGAAGAGGAUCUUAAUGUGCCUUCGUGUACUUGUUACUUACAACGAGGCAGGGCGGCAAGAAACAUUGAAUUUAUAGCUGAUUGUUUCAGAGAGCAAAAAGCAACCAAUGCAAAAUCUGCUGAGUGGAAGAAAGUGGCUAAAGUAAUGGAUCGUUUCUUCAUGUGGAUAUUCUUUGUUAUGGUGUUCUUUAUGAGCAUUUUAAUUGUAGGAAAGGCAACAUGACUUCAUUUUGGCAUGCAUUAUAUAAUUUGUCUUUGUUUGGUAUAUUAUAAUUCCAGUAGUAUUGUAGUUUUGUGUUUGGGUGCUAGCGAAAUUUGGAAAUGGAAUAACAUAGAAACAUAGAAAAUAGGUGCAGGAGUAGGCCAUUCAGCCCUUCGAGCCUGCACCGUCAUUCAAUAUGAUCAUGGCUGAUCACCCAACUCAGUAUCCUGUACCUGCCUUCUCUCCAUACCCCCUGAUCCCUUUAGCCACAAGGGCCACAUCUAACUCCCUCUUAAAUAUAGCCAAUGAACUGGCCUCAACUACCUUCUGUGGCAGAGAAUUUCACAGAUUCACCACUCUCUGUGUGAAAAAGGUUUUUCUCAUCUCGGUCCGAAAAGACUUCCCCCUUAUCCUUAAACUGUGACCCCUUGUUCUGGCCAUCCCCAACAUCGGGAACAAUCUUCCUGCAUCUAGCCUGUCCAACACCUUAAGAAUUUUGUAAGUUUCUAUAACAUAACCUCUAACUCUUAAAUUAAUAGGCUUUUUAAGUUUUAAAUUAUUUCCUGAAUCUGCGUUUAGUUCAUGUAGAAUACAUCUACAAACAAUUCUCCACCCAUUGGGUUUCAUGGCUUUCAUUCUCUGACCAGGUUAUUCGAUCUUUAAAGUACUCGGAGGUUUUGACAGCUCUGAGCCCACCGCUUGAAAGGGAAUCCACCUCCCUCAGCACACCACAUGAUCGAGUGUCUAACAACAACUCCUGAAACUCUAUAGUCUUCUGCUGGUAUUGAUCACUCUCCACCCUUUCCUGCCUGCAGCCUGUGUGUCAGGCAAUUUUGCCCGCUAGAUCUGUCAUGGUGGAGGUAGCCCAGAGAAUAGAUUUGUAUAAGACUAUUAAGGAUAGUGUGUAAAUAUAGUCUGCCAGACCAGUUCACAUUCCAAAACUCAUGCAACGCUCUGUGCAGUCGCUUAGGCUGCAGGAGAAUGUUUAACCCAUUGCAUUUGCUGAACAGAAGCAAUCCUUCUUGUAUUGGGUUCCUUACUUAUUUUUGAACGUACGUUUAUCAUGAAUUAUUUGGGCAAGUGACGGUGGGUCUGCAAAGACAAGAAUGGAAAUAUUAUUUUAUUCCUUGGAGGAAGAAGCUCAAGAAGGUUUAGCUGGAGGUUUCCACUGAGUUUACCAGAAGAGUUCAAUACAGAAGCUGUUUACUAGCCUGAAGAGAGUAGGAACGGUAUGAUAAAUGACAAAUACACGUCGGGUAUGACAAAUACCUGUCACGUUUGACCUACAUCAUAGUAAUACUCCAAUCCCCCCCAAUCUAGCACCACAUCCAUGGUUCCUUCUCGAUAUAGCCAUGAUCUCUUGUAAACAAAAUAUUGAAAUAUUCAUGUUAAAAUAUACUUAUAGCAUUAAAAUUACAGCCGAUUAGAAACAAAAGUUCCAAAGAGGAAUAAAAACAUUGUAGAAACCUCACCUUUUUAAUUAAGGUUGAUGGCCCUUUUCAAAUGGUACUCUCUAGAUCGUGCUCUGAAGCUGAGGAACAGGAUGGGGUGAGUGCAGGGGCAGAACAGUGGUCAGAAGCACCACCUCCUCAGCAUCAGUGUGUUCCAUUUCUGUGCCGUGUAGUGUUGCAGGCUUGGUAACCUGGAGCAUGCUGGCCUGCAUGGGAAUAGUGCCGAGAGACCAGAAAUUCUCUAUGCAGUUGCCAACUUGCACAAUCCAGCCACUGAGCUGGUGGUGGAGGCAGUUUAUUCUGCUAAGGGAAGGAGCAGAGAUUUUUAUUCUCUCACACUGUUAAAACAGAGGUCUUCGACUUUAGUUUAGUUUAGUGACAUAGCAUGGAAACAUGUCAUCCAUCCCGUUCACACUAGUUCUAUGUUAUCCCACUUUUGCAUCCACUCCCUGCACACUAGAGGCAAUUUUAGAGGCCAAUUAACCCACAAACCCGCACUUAUUUGGGAUGUGGGUGGAAACCGGAGGAAACCCACACGGUCACAAGGCCCACAUGCAAACUCCACACAAACAGCACCUGAGGUCAAGUUCGAAUGAGGUCAGGGUCUCUGGUGCUGUGAGGCAGCAGCUCUAGCAGUUGUGCCACCGUACUGCCCUUGCGCCUUAAGUCACAUCAAAAUGCUUCAACAUUGUAGUGUGAAAUAUUUGCAUGCAUAAAGUGGACACGUAAUGCAAUAACAAUGUGAAAGUGGUAGUUUUGAAAUAGUGUAGAUACGAUUCAAAACAUAACAGGUGAUUCAUUUAUGAGGCAGACCCAUGGAUAAUAGUACUGCCUCUCAGUCUGAGCAGCUGUUUAUUAAUUCAGCACUCUCCUUUGCAAAGCAUAGUAACAUAAAUUUAUUAGUCUUGCAGAGAGCAAAAUCAAACUGAAACAAGAAAAUGGAACAGUGACUCAUUGUACAUAUGAGGUUCUGCGUCAUUUCUGCAUUCCCCCAAUGCCAACACUUGUAAGUACAGGCGUGCUACAUCAGAUCAGAUUUACUAUCUGCAAAUCACUGGAAAUUAACUGGGUCAAAUCGAUAAAGUGAAGAAAAUUUAAUUUAAAAACAAUAUGUAAAAACAAAGAAAUCUGCUGUAAGCCUCAGUUCCAUCUUCAAAUUUUUCUGCUUUGCAAAUUGGUAAUUACAUUUUCAUAGUUAGAUUUUUUUUUGGCAUUUUUUUUCCACUAUAAAAAGUGCCAAAUUAAUGAUUGAUUCUUCACUCUGCUCAAGUGCUGCUUUUUGGAAAGCUGAUAUAAUUUUGAUGCUAUUAAUGUAUGGUGCGGCAAGGAGGGUAGGAAAGCUCCGAGAUUCUUGCAGAUUCCUCAAAGUGCAUUCAUCAUCCAGGUCAUCAUCCAAUAAAAACGUAUUUAUUUACAUCAUCUAAUUAGACCAAAUCAAAAGGAAAAAAUAUUGAUUGAAUAGCAAGAAUUCUUUAAAGAUUCCUUGUAUGUCUGGUAUCCUUAUAUCAAACUGCUUUAAAUUGAUUGAUUGAUGGAAUGAAGUGUAACCAUUUUAAAAUGUUCUUCACCCUCUGCAAUUGCCUCACCUGAUGCCAUUUCAUCAAAUAAUCUUCUCUUACUAAAUCUUUCUGAAGUAAAUGUUGUUUUACUGCGCUCUGAAGCUAAUUCUUCCAAGGAUAUCGUGAUUUUUUUAAAGCAAAGCACAAUUUGUUUAUUUCUUGAGUUAGAGUUUAGUUUAUUGUCACAUUUAUCAAGGUACAGUGAAAGCCUUUUGUUGCAUGCUAACCAGUCAGACAAUAUAUGAUUACAAUCAAGCCUUUCACAGUGUACAGCAUAUAUAUUCACAACAGCAUUUUUCUCAGGUCGACCCUUGAAGAAAAAUUUAUGGAAUAAAUUA